CUGGGGGCGGGGCCUGUCUGCGCGGCCGAACGGUGGGCGCUGCGAAGAGCAAGUGGGAGUUGAGCAUUUGCAGAGGCUGUCGGACGGAAAAAGACUUUCCUCUCUCACUGACAGUCUCCACCAUGAUUCACAGCCUUUUCUUGAUCAACUCCUCUGGAGAUAUUUUCCUGGAGAAGCACUGGAAGAGUGUGGUCAGCCGUUCUGUUUGCGAUUACUUUUUCGAGGCACAAGAGCGAGCAACUGAGGCUGAAAAUGUGCCUCCAGUUAUCUCCACCCCUCACCACUAUCUCCUAAGUGUUUACCGUCACAAGAUCUUUUUUGUGGCUGUGAUCCAGACGGAGGUGCCACCUCUGUUUGUCAUUGAGUUCCUUCACCGAGUAGUGGACACGUUUCAGGAUUAUUUUGGAGUCUGUUCAGAGCCAGUGAUAAAAGACAAUGUGGUUGUGGUUUAUGAGGUAUUGGAAGAGAUGCUUGACAACGGGUUUCCAUUGGCUACCGAGUCGAACAUCCUCAAAGAACUGAUAAAGCCGCCCACUAUCCUUCGAACCGUUGUCAACACCAUCACAGGAAGCACCAAUGUGGGUGACCAGCUUCCCACCGGGCAGCUGUCUGUGGUGCCUUGGCGACGAACUGGGGUGAAAUAUACCAACAAUGAGGCCUAUUUUGAUGUGAUUGAAGAGAUUGAUGCCAUCAUUGAUAAAUCAGGGUCCACAAUCACUGCCGAGAUCCAGGGGGUUAUCGAUGCCUGCGUCAAGCUGACCGGGAUGCCCGACCUUACACUUUCCUUCAUGAACCCCAGGCUGCUGGAUGACGUCAGCUUCCACCCCUGCGUCCGCUUCAAGCGCUGGGAGUCCGAGCGCAUCCUCUCCUUCAUCCCGCCCGACGGCAACUUCCGCCUGCUCUCGUACCACGUCAGUGCACAGAACCUGGUGGCGAUUCCAGUUUAUGUCAAACAUAACAUCAGCUUCCGGGACAGUAGUUCUCUCGGCCGCUUUGAAAUAACGGUGGGCCCUAAGCAGACUAUGGGGAAGACCAUCGAGGGGGUGACGGUCAGCAGCCAGAUGCCCAGAGGCGUCCUGAACAUGAGCCUCACGCCGUCUCAGGGCACGCACACGUUUGACCCGGUCACCAAGAUGCUGUCUUGGGAUGUAGGAAAAAUAAAUCCCCAAAAGCUCCCCAGUUUGAAGGGGACCAUGAGUCUUCAGGCUGGAGCUUCCAAACCCGAUGAGAACCCCACGAUUAACCUGCAGUUUAAGAUCCAGCAGCUGGCCAUUUCUGGACUCAAAGUGAAUCGUCUGGAUAUGUAUGGAGAGAAGUACAAACCCUUUAAGGGCAUAAAAUACAUGACCAAAGCUGGCAAGUUCCAAGUUCGAACCUGAAGGGAGAGUUCUGCAAAGGGAACAGCCACGAACACUUUUUCAUUGCUUACUUGUCUAAAAGUAAAAACUGUCAGCCCUCUCCUAGGUCACUGCCCACUCUGGACCACCUGCUCCUGUAUUCCCGUAGCUUCAGUGCCCCGGAGCUAACAAAGGGAGGCCAGGCCGCCAGGGAGGCCUGCGCAGAACCCACACACCAGCAGCACCAAGUCAGUUCUCAAAGCAGAGGCGUGCGAUGCAGGGGGAGGUACUUGAUGCCGUAUGUAACUACUUGUGACAUGGUUACCACAGGAAGAGACCAGCAUUUGUUAACUCGCUUGGCUUUAAUUAUCUUAAGCCAAGGAAAGACGUCUUUAGUUUUUUUUUUUUUAAUUUAUUUAUUUUUAGUUAUUUUUGGCUGCGUUGGGUCUUUGUUGCUGCGCACGGGCUUUCUCUGGUUGAGGCGAGCAGGGGCUACUCUUCAUUACAGUGCACUGGCUUCUCACUGCAGUGGCUUCUCUUGUUGUGGUGCACGAGCUCUAGGCACACGCAGGCUUCAGUAGUUGUGGCACACGGGCUCUGUAGUUGUGGCUCGCGGGCUCUAGAGCGCAGGCUCAGUAGGUGUGGCGCACGGGCUUAGUUGCUCCGCGUCAUGUGGGAUCUUCCGGGACCAGCACUUGAACCCGUGUCCCCUGCAUUGGCAGGCGGAUUCUUAACCACCGCAUCACCAGGCAAGUCCUGUUUUUGUAUUUCAAGCUGGGAAGAAAGAUUAGAAAGAGCAAGCUUGGAAGAAAAGGACCGUUAGCCAAGGAAGGGCCGAGGAAGGCUCUGUUCUCGGGGCGGCGUGAAGCACACGUGCGCACCGCACACUGAAGUGAGGAAGGCGGGAGGAGCUGUCCAGCUCCACCUGCAGGGCGGCUGGGAGGAACAGGGUUGAGUGACUUUCUUUUUGACCCAUCUGCUUUCAUACAAACAUAAAAAUUCGUACUUCUGGAAAUGCACUGGAAACUUCUUAAAUUCGAGUGCACCGUUGACUCGGAAACCCCAGGAGAAUCCGAUUUUCCCUUAAAGACUACGGUGCUCUCCGACCGGUUUUCCAAUACUGACCGCUGCAUGCCUCCAGCACGUGGCCUGGCAUCUUCAGCGAGGAUGAGCUGCCCUCUUCCAGGGGGUGUUGCCUGAAAUGCCUCUUUCCCUAACCCCCCAACGGCUCCACUCACUUCACUCUACAGAAUUCCUGCUCCCCGAGGAGCGCUUCAGAGAAGCCGGUCCCAUCACCCCCAGGGCAGCAGGUUGUGUGUCAUGGUAUCGGAGUGUAGAUGGCCCCCUCAUGCCACCUCUGUGACCCAGUGGUUCCUUGUUCCUGUCUGUCAGCGCCGCCCUGGUGCUGCAGUCCAACCUUCCCGUCUGCAGCUUUUCCAGUGGUGACCCUAAGUGAAAAGGAUGCUGACCGCUGAGGGCACGGCCAGUCCUGGGAGCUGCCCAGGAAAGUGAUUUCCUCGGAGUCUCUACUAUAUAUGUAUUAACAAUGUAUAUCGACCAGUCGGUUUUUGUUUUAAGACAAAAAAAUCUCCUGAAUCGUUGAAUAAAACUGAU